ACCCAGUUGGACAGAUCGGAGGCGUGGGCUGGACGAGUUGCGUUGCGUACGGGGUAUAAGAGCCGUUGGCAAGCCGCCCCGAACACUUUGCUUCUCCACUUCACAAGGCAAGGAUGGCUCUUGAGCGUCAAGUUCGCGCUAAGAUCGCGGGUAAACGCGACCCCCAGCAAGAGAAGGAGGCCCAGGAAUGGAUCGAAACGGUCCUUGGGAAGAAAUUCCCAGCUGGUGAGCAGUUCGAGGAUGUGAUCCGGGAUGGCCAGGUCCUUUGCCACCUCAUGAACAAGAUCGCUCCAGGAUCCGUACCUAAAAUCAACACCAGCGGUGGUCAGUUCAAGAUGAUGGAGAACAUCAACCAGUUCCAGAAGGCGUUGAAAGAGUAUGGCGUGGCUGAUGUCGACGUCUUCCAAACGGUCGACUUAUGGGAAAAGAAAGACAUAUCCCAAGUCGUGACCACUCUGUUCGCCCUGGGACGCACGACGUACAAGCAUCCCGAAUGGACUGGACCUUACCUGGGGCCGAAACCCUCCGAUGAAUGCAAACGUGAUUUCUCCGAAGAGCAGCUUCGAGCUGGCCAAUCCGUGAUCGGUCUUCAGGCCGGCUCCAACAAAGGCGCCACUCAAUCAGGACAAAGCAUCGGCGCUACUCGUAAAAUCCUCCUCGGAAAGUAAUCCUCUCCAUCUGCGGGGCCAGUUCGUUAAUUUAUAUUUUGUAUAUGUAAAUAUAUCGAUAUUUAUUUCGUCUUUUAUAUAUGCAUUGCACGAACCGUCGUCGUGCGCGCGCACCGCCUAGGUUAUCUGUCCAACAUCCAGCGUGAAGUGUAUAUCAGGACAUCCGAUCCAAUAAAAUGGUCCAAAGUUCUGUAAAA